CUGACGGUAAGAUUGUCUGCUACAGCCCACGGUAGCUUAUCCAACCAAUCGGUCAUGUCUUUAUAAAUUAAAUAUCUACUGUGUGUACGCGAAUUUGUAUAAGUUUAUCAAUUAUCUUGACAAAAUAUAACUCAACACUACGAAAGUUUUAUCAAGUAAAUGUGUUUUGCAGUGACUUUUUGAAAUUUUAAGUGUUUUCGCGGCAUUUUUUGAAAUUUACGAAAAUCAUUUUUCGAGUUAAGUGUUGAAAAAUAGUUGAAAAAUUGGAUUAAUAACAAAAAUGAUGGAUAAAUUGGAAUAUUAUUAUCAGAGACUAAUUUAAAUAAAUUUAGUUUAAUUAUAUUGUGCAACAGUAUAUACAAGUGAUUGUCAUUCGAUUGCUUUAUCAUUGGUUGAACAGUGGAGAUGGUGUCGAGGCGAAAAAUUCUUUCUCGUUCAAGAGACAACCUCACCGAUUCGCAGUAUGAAGAUCAAGAGGAAGAGGACGUUUGGUAUAAUUUAGACAAGUUGUACAAGGACCACAUACAAGAAGUCCUGGACAAAUGGAAUCAGAUCGAUGACGAGAUAUGGGCAAAAGUAAUUGUCUUUGAGAAAAAUAGACGAGUGGCAAAAGCCUACGCCAGAGCACCGGUUCUCACGGUAAAUGGCUCUGAGGAUGGCUUUGAUGGGUUUAGGAUAGGCUUAUGUGGCUUUGACAAUCCAAUGAGAGAUGUCAAAACAGAUGAAGCCAAAAGACACAUAAAUCAAGGUGUAAAAAUAAAAAUGGAUGAUCAAGGAAAUAUUCUUAUCAAGAGACUGUGUAGAAGUAAUGUUUAUAUAAAGACUACACAUCCUGAAGAUAAUGCAGUAGGUUCAGAAAUAUUGAAGAACUCUCAAGGUGCACUAGAGCACGAUAAACCGGGUAAAUUGUUUGAUAUGAAUAAAUACCAAACUAAUUUAUCACGAGAAACAAGACGUGCAUAUCCAGAUAGAAGAAGAUUAGAAAAACAAUGUCUCAGUGCAAUUGUCUUUGUUCGAACUGAAGCGGAUCUGUUACAGUGUCCGGUUUGGGUUUUAAUUGUUAAUGUUGUAGGUUUGGAUAUGCUCAAAUCUAAACUACCCCCAGUUCUAGCACUACAAAGGCCGGUUGACAUUAAAAACCGACCCAGAAUACCCAUCCCAGACGAAGAUCCUUACAGUGUUGCUGGUGUUGCAUCUUUCUCUGGACCAAAUGAUUCACGAGAUGUAAAAGAUAGACCAGAAUCAAUAUACGGACAUUCCUCAAGCUAUGUUAGGCCUGGACGUCCAGAAAAACCUCCUAAACUUCCUCCAAGAGAAAAUGUUUACGUUCACGAUAUACCGAAGCCUGAUUACGAUGACAUUGAAGAUGAUUAUAGUGCUAAUGUGAGACCGUCAAUGUUAGUUACCGAAGAAAAAAAAAGUAGAAAGACCGACAACAAAAAAUACGAUGAUCCAUACUACUGUGGGCUUAGAGCACGUGUACCAAAUUUCGUGAAAAUAGCGAAGAAUAGUCAAACGAAGAUAUUAUCUCCUUAUGGGUUGACACGACCGCAACCAGUACCGCCAUCCUACGCUGGAGGAUAUGUUAGUAGUCAGUCGUCACAUAUUUAUGCGAGUCAUGCACCAAACAAGAGACCACCUAUUAUGUACCAUGCUAGAAGCUUCGAGAGUGGUCUCGAUUCGGAUGACCGAAUAGAUUCACCUUAUAAUCACAUUUAUGGUCGAUUACCGAUCCCAACACGUGGUGUGAUACCGCCAACACCUCGUGGUAUGUAUAUCGGAGAGUGGGAUUAACAUUAGGUAACAUCUCCGUUAUAUUUGUACCUACACAAUUUGUAUAUUGUUAUAUACCACAUAAAUACUCAUAUUUUUAUGCCACCUUAAUUGUGUAUUAAUUAUUUCCCAGAUUAAAUAAUAAUUUAAGUAAAAAAA